AUGGCGUCUCAUCCGACUCUCAAGGCUACCUUUGCCUCGAGGGCUGCCACAGCCACUCACCCUCUCAACGCCUAUCUCUUCAAGUUGAUGGAUCUCAAAGCCUCAAAUCUCUGCCUUAGUGCCGAUGUCGCAACCGCCCACGAGCUUCUCUACUUUGCCGACAGGAUCGGACCCGCCAUUGUCGUCCUCAAGACUCAUCAUGACAUGGUCUCAGGAUGGGACUUUCACCCUCAGCACGGCACCGGCGCAAAGCUCGCCGCUCUGGCCCGCCGCCAUGGCUUCCUCAUCUUCGAGGAUCGCAAGUUUGGAGAUAUCGGCAACACGGUUGAGCUGCAGUACACCAGCGGCUCCGCCCGCAUUAUUGAAUGGGCUCACAUCGUCAACGUCAACAUGGUUCCCGGCAAAGCCUCCGUCACUUCCCUAGCCAAUGCCGCCUCCAGGUGGCUUGAGCGCUACCCGUGCGAAGUGCACACUUCCGUUACCGUCGGCACCCCGACCACUGACCAGUUUGAUCAGGAGGAGGAAGAGCAGGAUGCCGCCCCAGACACCCAAGAAACGCCAGCCGCGUCUCGACGAGAAGAUGGCCGCAAGGGCAGCAUUGUUUCCGUUACCACCGUCACACAGAAAUACGAGUCCGCUCUGUCACCGCGUAUGAACAAGGGCAUCAGUGAAGGCGACGAGAUGCUGUUCGCCGGCAUCGAGGAGGCCCCUCUGGAACGUGGACUGCUCAUCCUCGCACAGAUGUCGAGUCAAGGCAACUUCAUGAACAAGGAGUACACGCAAGCCUGUGUUGAGGCUGCUCGCGAGCACAAGGGCUUUGUCAUGGGUUUCGUAUCUCAAGAGUGCCUCAACACCCAAGACGAUGACAUAUUUGUGCACAUGACUCCCGGCUGUCAAUUGCCCCCCGAAGGCGAGGCAAACGGCGCCCUCAAGGGCGACGGCAAGGGCCAACAGUACAACACGCCAGCCGACAUCAUUGGCGUUGCUGGCUCCGAUAUUGCCAUUGUCGGGCGCGGCAUUCUCAAGGCUAGCGAUCCCUAUGAGGAGGCUGAGCGGUACCGAUCAGCCGCUUGGAAAGCAUACACGGAAAGAUUGCGAUGA